AUGGAUAUCUGUGAGCACACAGUGCACAUGGUCGGUUCCCCGACUGAAGGCUGAAGAUUGCAGCGAAAUGGUGGGACGGACGUAUUAUUGCUGCGUUUUAUGCUGGCCGCUGACGUUGAGUAUGUGCACAUGUAGUGGUUCUCAAUGUUGAGGAAAAGUUGAUUUCUGUUCUCAAAAUCAGUUUCGGUUUCAGUUCUUCACGUGUAUUGGGCGCGAACAGUUUGACUUUUUGGUGAGGCGAUGACAGCUUCGGCAGUGUUUCAAACCAUAAUUCAGUGAAAAGAAGACACACACGAAAAAUUUGAAGAAAGUAACAAAGGUAAUAUUACGACAAACAAGAAGUCAAAAAGAGUUUAUUAAAAGUAAAGUGCGUAAAAGUGACGUAUUCAAGCUGCUUGUGGGCAUACAUAUAUGGCUUGAAUACUUAAGGUCUACGUGAUCAGGUGUUUCGCUUUCGAAGAAUUCUUCUAGUGGAAUUUGUACAUUUGUGUGAUUCGCGUGAAAUCGUGCUGCAAGUGUCGCUGCAGUCGAAGUUGCACUAAUAGCAAAUGUGUUAAGAGCGAUUAGGAAGAGUAAUUGGCGAUUUGCUGAUCGUGCUUUUCUAUUCAUACUAGAAGUAUUGACACCGCCGUCAUUGACGAUUUCAACGUUUUGCUCCAUUCAUUUGUAAGGCAGGCUUUACUUGUCUGCAUCGGUUGCAGUGUCGUCUGCACUACUCGAAGCUGUGGCAUCUUCAGCAUUCAUACGAUCAUCACUUAGCAGCAUACGAUCGAACUCGAUAAAUAAUCGUUCAUAUAUGUAUAGUUGUGUGUAUAGCCGGGAGAAACAAGACUUUAUUGACCAAGUGGCGCUGCCAAACACACAAAAUACAAUCAAUACCGGCAAUAAUAACAACCGCAGAAUCGACGACGACGGCAACAACAACAAAAACGUUCAACACGAAGCAGAAAGCAAGCCAGAAAUUCAACUGCCACAACAAAAGCAACAAGAGCAAACAACGACGGCAACAUGACAUGGUGGAAACAAGUGCGCUGCGAUCUCGCGCAACAACAACAAGACACCGCUGCUGAGUGCCUCAUCACCAACAACAAACACGGUAUGGUAGCAGACAUGAAUGGCACCAACGGCAAUUGCAGCUGCCAUAAACAAAGACGUUGCGACAGGUUAACCUGUUAUCGCAAUGGCAACAGCAGUGGCAGCAAUCAUCGCAAAGCUUUGCCACUGUUCAUCACAAUCGCCGUUCUGGCGCUGGCAACGACACCUAUCAAUGCAGCUGUUUUAAAGCGAUCUAUAGCAGAGACAAUAACCGACGUGAAUUUGACCACACUAAACACACCACAAGACGUAGUGGGUGAAAUUGAUUCCACCACGGUUAACACACCACACUUAGCCAAUAAUCGAACCGCAGUUGCAGACGUUCAACGCAAUGUAACCGAGCCUAUCGCUGUGAAUGAACCGGAAACGACAACGGUCACCGCCGGUGCUGUACGAUACGACGAUCCAAAAAUGGCUUUGGAUACGCCACAUGAUGUUACCAAUGAAAUUGCUCAAGUUGUCAGCGAAGAGGUAGCUACAGAUCUUCGGGUAAAUUCAAAAUUCGAUUAUCCCGAAACUGUGCUUGAUGAAAAUCUGGAGGAUUCCAUACGUAAUUCCGUGCGAAACGAAAUCGAAUUUGAGCAAGAUAUUGUGGCUGCCGAAGUUCAGCACCUACAAAAUGUAACGGAUGAGGAGGUGCGGCAAAAACUUGGCGACGAAGUUCAGUUGAUUCAAAGUGCGUUGCAGGAGAGUAGCACCAAGUCCAGUGCAGUGGUUGAUGUACUAGCAGAGUUAACAUCGACACCCCCAGAUACUGUGCUCGAUCAACUGUCGACAACAGAAAGUACAACCUUGAGGCAUUCAAAAACGGCCAAUAAUGACCUUUCAGUACUGUUCCCCCUACAAGCCGGGGAAGCAAUUUCAACAGUCAAGUCUUUUGUGGACAAUCAGCGAGGUGCCCGAAAUCUAGGUAUUGAUGGUAAUGAGAACGCAGGAAUUCUAAAUGGCAGCAGCAAAACAAACAUGAUAUUAACUGGAGAUGUUGGCAUGCAAAAUAUUGAGGAAGACAAGGUUGAAGCUCACGAUGGACUAUUAGAUGCAGAUAAGAGCUCACUACAAACCAAAUUAAACCGUUUAUCUGAGUCUGCACUGUACUCACACGAGGCUAACGAAAUCGAUGAAGAAGGCUUAACAGAGCAAAAGGAGUUCAGCAGUGGACCGGAACCUCAAACAAAAGAAGAUAAUACGGAACCGGAAGAAAAAAAUACCAAAGCUCGAACCGAAGAGCACUCAGUAAGCGUGGAAGAGAAUAACUUAGGUAAUGAAGGUAGUCAUGAGUCAGCGGUUGUGUCAGUUGAGAGGCAUGAAGUAUCAUCAUCAAGCGCUUCAAUUGAAAACUUGAAUACAACGCCAGAUCAUUCAAAUAUAGAAAAUGAAAAUACAACCAGUGAAACAACGGAAGAGAAUGCUUCGCCAGAGGAUCUGAAUGAAACCGAGAUAACGUCUGCUGCAGCGGAUGAGGCAUUCUUAUCUAUAGUUUUAAAUGAAAAUCUCACAGCAACUGAACCUACUGCAGUCUUGGCUGAAAAUCUACCAUUAGAUCUCUUGCACCUAAACGAAAGCGACGCGUUAGCAAUCGAGGAAGUUGCCACGACUAUAGAACCCGACAGUGUGAAAAGUGUGCAUAUUGUAAUUAAAAAGCAGGGUGUUGAAUUAGAUGAGGACAUAUUGGAGUCGGAAAUUGCUGAAACAGUAGAAGAGACAACCGUCAGUAACAUAGUUCAAAAACAACUGUUAGAGGAAGAGGAAGCCACAGUCCAGUAUUCUGCAACUUUGACAAAUGAUGUAGACAUUGAAAAUGAACAAAGUAUACAGAAUGAUGAUGCGGCAAAGGAAACAAGUUUAGAGUUAGAAGAUAAUAUCAACGAGAAAGCGGUUUCGGAACCUGUAGAAACCAUUAAUGAAGAUGUUGUUGAUGAAAAUACACAAAACGGUAUUGAAGAUGAUACACUUAACGAAGACAGCAAUCAAAUUGAUGAGAGCGAGCAGGACGGUCAAGAAAUAGAAAAUAGCAACAACUCAACAACUAGUGAAGAGAGCACACGGUCUAACGGGAAAGAAGAUACACUCAACGGUAAUCAAUACUUGAUAGAAAUAAACAAUGAUAUUGGAAGUCAAACAGAAAAAUCAAGCACAAAUGAAGGUGAUCAAAUUUUAAGCGUUCAUAAGCCCAUAGAAGAAUCAACGCUCCUAAAAGCAGCAGAGCCAGCCAACGAAAUUACGCAAAUUAGUUCCACCACGGAAUCAAUUAUUGUAAAAGAAAUUGGUUAUAAUGAGAAAAAUUCGCAAAGCAUUGCCACCACUGAGCAAUCGGGACAAAUGCAUAUUUCACUGCUGAGCACAACACACAUACCAAACGGUGAGAUCUCUUCGACCUCCGCCAGUACAAUUGAGAAACAAUCUACGACGCUGAAAGAAUUUGAAGUAAUCGAUAAGGAUGACCACAAUACGGACGAUGCAGAUAUAGUACCGCUUUUGGUGGGCGUAAGUACUGGACAGGGUGAUGUCACCGCCUCAACGAAAGGUUCCCGCUCGAUUAACACACAGACACAUCACACAAUGUUGUUAACACAGUUGGACGAUACAAUGGCGGCGACACUCUUCGAAACCUUCCCACCACACAACGCCGGACGUACUUUAAACGAUCAUAUGGCGGCUGAGAGUAAUGGUGGCAUCGGUAAACCUUUGCCUACACGCAGCAUAAAUAAAGCGACCUCCGCCUCAAUCUUCAGUCGCUCCGGUCUAAUAAUUGUGGUUUGCUCCAGCAUUGCGUUCAUGUUCCUGCUCGUCUCGGUGGUCGCUUUUCUUAUCUCAUUCCAACGACAACAUGGCACUUUGGAUAUUGAAAUGCAGGAACAACGCUGUGGCAAAGACGAUCUCGAUGACGAAGACGAGGAGGUGGGCACAUGCACGAAGUUGCUGGAAAUCGAGUUGCCCAAGUCAACGAUAGUGACUGCGUCGUGUGAGGAGUGUUUGUAGGAAAUACGAGAACUAGAAUUUUUCAAGGAAAGGACGUUGUGUUAGUGGCAGUUAUUGUAUAUUAUUAUUAAAUUCUUGUAAAGAAAAGCAGAGACUUUUCACAUUAACACAUACACAUAUAUAGUCAUAAACGCGUAUAUAUUUACGUAUAUAUAGACAUAUAUAUUUGGUAUAUACAUGCAUUUGUUGUAUUGGCGGACGAAUUAGUUAUUUAGUUAGCAUAAAAUUGAAAACAGACUGUAAUUUUUAUUUUUAAUAGAAAUAUUAUUAUAUACUCGUAUAUAUUAUAUAUAUAGUAUGUAUAACAUUACGAUUGUUUUGCCAUAUUUUUCCAACUCCUUAGCAUACACACAUAUACAUAUUUAUAUGCGAAUUAAUUUUAUUAAUUUUUCAUUGUAUUAAGUUUACAUUUUUGCUAUGCAAUCAUAGAGGUGAAACUGAAAAACGCAAAACAAAAUAUAUUUUUUUUGUUAAAUGUAUACUUUUCACUCAGAUACAGUUAUUUAUUUGCAUUACAUAAGUGGCAUUUCAAAUUCGAAAAACUUAAGUCAAAAAAUAGUUUUGUAGCUUCGAAUUAAGUUAUUUCAAUGCAUGGAGUUUAAAUAAAGAAAUAAAUAUAUUAAAAAUUAACGUUUUUAAA